AUGCUAAGUGAUAUCAACAGUUCUAGCGAGGAUACAACGGUAUUACCUUCUGAAAUCGUCAUUCCUCGUCUAAUUCGCUUUUGGAUUAUUCUUCUCGUAUACAUUCCAUCGGUUAUGUGUUCAUUGUUCAUUUUGUAUAAUUUUAUUGUCCAUCGAACAUUACGUCAAGCUUUGCAUAAUCAUGUUAUUGGUCUUCUUCUUUUCAUCAAUUUUAUUGUUCAACUAACAAGUAUUCCAUGGACUCUUAAUUAUUAUCGUACAGGAAAUGUUUGGCCACAAAACUCUUUCUUUUGUCUUACGUGGGCUUUUAUUGAUGAAGCUUUAUAUAUUAUAACAACAAUUUUAUUUGCAUGGGCAACUAUAGAACGACAUAUGCUCAUUUUUCAUGAUCACUUAUUUUCAACAAAAUACAAACUUAUUUUCUUUCAUUAUGUACCAAUAGCCAUAAUUCUUCUCUAUUGCAUCAGUUACAAUAUUAUUAUAAUUAUUUUUCCACCAUGUGAAAAUACAUACGAUUAUUCUCAACUUGCAUGUGGUAAUCCUCUUUGUUAUUAUGAAUUUUUAUCAGCAGCGAUGUGGGACGUUAUAGUUAAUGAUAUAAUACCUACAAUAGUUAUUAUUUGCUUCAGCAUUGCUCUUCUUUUACGUGUCCUCCAUAAAAAAUUUCGAAUGAAUCGACCAAUUCGCUGGCGAAAUCAUCGAAAGAUGACAAUUCAAGUAUUAGCAAUUUCAGUUCUGUAUCUUUUCAUAUACAUACCAAGUAUGUUAUUAGAAUUCGUUCAUCUUUGUGGAACUCCUGAAGAAGUUGGUGCUGAUUUUAUGUUAUAUGCAGAAUUCUUUGAAAAUUAUGGCAAUCUUUUAUUACCUUUUAUAUGUGCUGUAUCAAUGCCUGAACUUAGAAAACACAUUAACAAAAUAUUUUUAUAUUACCGACGAAAAACACCAACAGUUGGUCCUCAACUAUUGCCAUUAUCACAUCAUGCAGUUGGUCCACAAUUAUCAGCAAGAGCUAUUGUUUCAUGA